AUGGAAGGCGGCGAUAUUUUCAUACAAGAUUUCAUAAACGAUCUCCAAGAAUCUCCCGAGAGCCAAAUCCAAAAUGGUUUUCGAGGUUCUUGUAUCCUCAUUACCGGCGGAACGGGUUUUGUCGGGAAAGUCCUGGUUGAAAAACUGUUGAGAUCGUGUCGGGAUUUGAGUACAAUUUAUUUGGUCGUGAGACCACUGAACGGUCGAAAUCCGAACGAAAGGGUCAAAGAAAUGUUUGUCAGCCCGUUUUUCGACCGCAUGAAAAUCGAAAAUCCCACUUACCGCAGCCAAGUGCAAGUGGUGAGGGGCGACUGUUUUCAGCCAAACAUUGGCGUGGACGAGGCUGUCUUGAACAGGAUCGCGUCCAAAAUAAAUGCCGUCAUCCACCUAGCGGCGGCGACCUCGACCGACAAUCACCCCUACUGCACGUUGCACACGGCUGUCUGCACCAACGUCCGGGCCACCAGAGACUUGAUCGUCCUGACGAAGCGUUUUCAGAAUCUCAAGGCCUUUGUUUACGUGUCGUCCGUGUUCGCCAACCCCUCGAUUUUGGACGUGUACGAGCAAUUUUACAAUUCCCCGAUACCCACGUCCACCGUCAUCCAGAUGGCUGAAACCCUUCCCGAUUACAUCCUGAACCGAAUGACUUCGGGGCUCGUGUCCGAUUGGCCGGACGUGGUUACGUUUACCAAAGCGUUGUCGGAGCAGAUCAUUCAGUCGGCAGGACCAGAGCUACCAGCUUGUGUCAUACGACCAGGGUUUGUUUUGGGCACUGCUAACGAACCCAUAGCUGGUUGGACGAACGACUUGAAUAACUUGACCGGUUGUGCGCUGGGUUCCGGUCUCGGCCUGGUACGGGUUUUUUACGGGCCCAGCUGCGUUAACGCCGAAAUCGUACCCGUCGACAUGUUGGUCAAUCUUCUUCUGGUGGCAUGCUGGGAUUUAAUCGGUAAAAGGACGGACGUCGUCAACGAGGAAGUUCCCAAAGACGCAGAAAACGCUUUGAUUUACAAUUACGCUUCGUCCAAUUAUAAACCGUGCUCUUGGAAUCAGUUGGGAGAAAAGUUUUUUAAGAACGAAAAAAACGUUUCAUCGCCAAACUUCUUUUGGAUGCCGUUUUAUUAUGUCACCAAUAGCAUAUUCAUCUACUGGGUGAUGACGUUUUACUUACACACUGUGCCGGCCAAAGUUGUGGAUUUGUUCAUUCGGCUGAUAGGAAAAGAACCCAGACUGAACGAGUUCUAUAAACGAGUGCACGCAGCAGCUAAACAUUUGAGUUCGUAUCAACAAAUGCACGUCAGGUACCACAAUCACAACGUCAUAAAUUUAAUGAACAAAUUGUCGCCGAGGGACAAAAUGUUAUUUGAUUUCGACAUGAGCACGCUGUCGUGGGACGCCUAUUUCGAUAAGUAUCUGAAGGGCCUCCGGGUAUAUUUGAUGGGAAAUCCUUUGCACAUGCCCGGACCAAAUAAUAAUACACUGAACAGGUUGAUAACCAUUCAUUACAAUUUUAUAAUAUCCAUAUGUGUCGUGAUUGUAAUGUACACUAUAUUUUUUUAUUGUUAA